AUGUCAACUAAUCCAUUCAAGUAAGAAAGAGAAAAAGUUUCUUUCAGUUAAGAAGCCAUGGCUGAACUCUUAUAUGACGGGCCAGAAGAAUUGUAAAAAUUUAGAAAGUACUAACAAGUAUUUGCUGAUGAUCCUAUUUUAAAAUUCGAUCCUUCCAAAAUUGAUAUUUCUCGUAAGGAGCUCUUUGCUGAAUAUUGCAAAAAGACCUAUAGAUAUCACGAAUUGUUCAAUUAAUCAUCAAACCCAAUUAACAAAUAUUGUGGCCUUAUGUUUGAUGAGCCUCUCAUUGGAGCUGUUCACCACUCCAUGUUUGUUCCUAGUCUUUAACUCUUAGCUGAUGAUGAACAAUAAAAAAGAUGGCUUUAAGAUGCUCUUUAGAUGAAAAUUAUUGGUUGCUAUGCUUAAACUGAGCUUGCUCAUGGAUCAGAUGUUUAAAAUCUUUAAACCACAUCUACUUAUGACUAAGCUACUGACAGUUUCAUUCUUAAUACCCCUGAAGUUGGAGCAGCUAAAUGGUGGGUAGGAGAAUUAGGUCUAGUUGCUAACCAUGCUAUUGUUUAUGCUCAACUCAUCAUAAAUGGACAAAGAUAUGGACCUUAACCUUUUGUGGUUCAAUUACGUGAUCUUAAAACCCACAAGCCCCUUCCAGGUAUUGACGUUGGUGAUAUUGGACCUAAGUAUGGAUACAAUAGUAAAGAUAAUGGAUUCCUCAUUUUAAAUAACAUUAGAAUACCAAGAACUAAUAUGUUAAGCAGAUAUGUAAAGGUAACAGAUAAGGGAGAAUUUAUUCCUGCUGGUAAUCCAAAGAUUGUUUAUGCUACAAUGAUGAAGGUUAGAUUGGGAAUAUUAUACGAAUCCUAUUACUUCUUAGCUGCUUAGCUUACUAUUGCUACUCGUUACUCAUUAAUUCGCAAGUAGUUUAAAGACGAAAACGGUAUUGAACGUACUAUUUUAGAUUAUCAAACAUAACAAGAUAAACUUCUUCCCUAUAUGGCUGACGCUUAUGCAAUGGCUUUCAGCUUUAAGAAAACCAUCAAUAUGUUUUAAGAAAAUUUAGAAAGAUGUAGCAAAAAUGAUUUCUCUCUCUUGCAAGAUCUUCAUGGUUUACUUAGUGCUCAUAAAUCUGUCAGCACCCAUACUACUCUCGUUGGUAUGGAAAAGAUUCGUUAAUCUUGUGGUGGUCACGGCUUUUCUUCAUACAGUGGUUUAGUCGGUCGUCUUAAACUCUGGUACCCUUACAGCACCUUCGAAGGUGAAAACACUAUUAUGUUAUUACAAACUGCUCGUUACUUAAUAAAGAAGUUCCGCAAGUCUGUUCGCCCAGAAAGCCGUAACAUUCUUCCUCCUCAAUGCGAAUACUUAAGAGAUCAUACUUUGUUGCUCUCAACCAAAUGCACAGCUGAACACAUGAGAGAAUUCUUGUUACUUGAGCCUCUUAGAAAGAUGAUGCGUUUCACUGCUUGUUUCCGUGUUGUUAAAGCAGCUAAUUAACUUGAAGACUCAGUUAAGAUCAAAAAGAUGCAUCCUAAGGAAGCUUUUGACACUGCUGCUGGAUCAUUAUUAUGUGAUGCUGCCACAUCUCACACUCACUACUAUAUUUUCAACUCUUUCUUUGAAAAGAUUAUCUAAGUUAACGAUGAGUCUAUUAGAGAAGUUCUUUCAAGAUUGUGUGCUUUAUAUGCCCUCACUAAGAUUGUAGAGAGACCUGAUGCCUUAUACGAAGGUGGUCAUAUUAAUGGUGAAUAGCUUAAACUUAUGCGUGAAGCUCGUGAAUAAUUACUCGUUGAAUUACGUCCUGAAGCCAUUGGCCUUGCUGAGGCCUGGAGCUUCCAUGAUAAUACUCUCCGUAGUGCUAUAGGUAGUUCAAAAGGUGACGUAUAUGAAACUCUAUUAGAUUGGGUACAAAACAAAAAUCCAGUUAAUAAACCAGAAGUUUAAUCAGCUUUGCAUGAAACUAUUGCUCCUAUUGUGGGUAAAGUGCAUGCUCCAAGACUUUGA